AUAUUUUACUGACAGCCAUGCAGCAUAAAGGCAUCAUGCUGAUUGUGUUCUUGGAAUAUUUUAUUUCUGGACAUGGGGAAGCAGAUCCCACGAGGCCACGAGCCUUCCGCUGCAACGGCCGUGCCUGCAACCCUCCCGUGGGAAACCUCGCCACAGGAAGGACACCAGUGACCACCAGCACGUGUGGCCAGAACAGCACAGAGCUCUACUGCUUCUACCCAGACCAGAACCUCCUCCACCACGUCUCCCCUGGCUGUGGGCAGCCCCGCUGCACCAAAUGCAACAUCAACCAGCCCGAUAACUCCCACCUUCCUGCUGACAUGACAGAUGAUUUCUUUGCAAACCCCAUCUCCUGGUGGCAGUCUGCCCAAGGGGUACACAGAGAAGAAAUCCGACUGGACUUUGAAACAGAAUUCUACCUGACCCACGUCAUUGCUGUGUUCAAGUCACCUCGCCCAGCUGCGAUGGUGUUGGAAAGGUCCCAGGAUUAUGGGCAGACUUGGAGGCCCUACAAGUAUUUCUCUGUCAACUGUACAGCUACUUUUGGGCUCCAGGAUGAUCUCAUUGAGGAAGGCUCCAUGUGCACUUCCAGGUAUUCAGAUGCAGUGCCCUGCACCAGAGGAGAGGUGAUUUAUCGUGCCUUAAGUCCGGCUAACAAGAUUGAAGACCCUUACAGUCCUGAGGCUCAGGAUCUCCUGAAGCUCACCAACCUCCGCCUGCUUUUGUUAAAAAGACAGGAAUGUCCAUGCCAUGGCUCAGGAUUGGUAGAGAAACCCCAAAGAUUUGCCCACUAUGCUAUUUAUGACCUGAUCAUCCGGGGAAGCUGCUUUUGCAAUGGGCAUGCAGAGGAAUGUGAGCUUGCCAACAGGACGGGACCAUUUGAUGCACUCUCUUUUCCCUGGCAGGUCCAUGGGAAGUGUGUGUGCAGACACAACACGGCAGGGGACCACUGUGAGAAAUGUGCUCCGCUCUACAACGACCAGCCUUGGAAGCCAGGAGAUGGGAAAACAGGGGCACCUAAUGAAUGCAGAAAGUGUCGCUGUCACAACCACGCCGAGAGCUGCCACUUCGACCUGGGCGUGUGGCUGGCCUCGGGGAAGCGCAGUGGGGGAGUCUGUGACAACUGCAAGCACAACACGGAGGGACAUCGGUGCCAGAGGUGCAAACCUGGCUUUUACCGGGACAGAGGGAAGCCCAUGUCUUCUCCAGAGGUCUGCAAACCCUGUGCCUGCCAGCCCACGGGUUCAGCCAACGCCACGUUCAGCAGCAGCUGGAGAUGCCACCCCCGGACAGGAUUCUGCUACUGCAAACCAGGAGUGGCAGGUCCCAACUGUGACAGGUGCCUCGUGGGCUACUGGGGCUUUGGAGAAAAUGGCUGUCGCCCCUGUGACUGCGCCAGGGACUGUGACCAGCGCACUGGGACCUGUUUCAACGGCUAUGACAGUGAGCCCUUCUUUCACAUCCCCAUCGGGGGACGAAUUCCCGACCUCGUCCAAACGCCAGCCAACGAGAGCGAAGAGGAGUGGAAAUGGAACGAUCACGAGCAGGGAUUUUCUGCACUGAGGCACCCAGAGAAGUGUGUGUGCAAAGAAAAGGUGCUCGGAAGCGUCAGUGACUUCUGCCAAAUGAAAUAUGCCUAUGUAAUAAAAGCAAGAAUCCUGUCUGCUCAUGACAAAGGGACCCAUGCAGAAGUUGUUGUGAAAGUGAAGAAGGUCCUGAAAUCAGGGAAAGUGAAAAUUGCUCGGAGCAACAGAAGCAUUUACCCAGAAUCAUGGACCAACAGGGGCUGUACAUGUCCCAUUCUCAAUCCUGGUACUGACUAUCUUAUAGCAGGCCAGGAGGACUCUAGGACUGGCAAACUUCUUGUGAACAUGAACAGCCUGGUAAAACCCUGGAAGGCAUAUUUGGGAAAACAAGUAUCAGAUAUUCUUCGAACUGGAUGCAAAUAAUUUCUGCUUCAGAAAUUACAGUGCUGGACUUUGCCUUUUAGUAACACUGCAGUGAAAGGUGUAGUUAGUUCAAGCAUUCCCAUUCAACAUGUUCCUAGCUGAAGUGAGGAAAGCAGACCUGCCAUCCCUCCUUUCAUGUGCUUAGACAGGAAACUUGGGACAUGACUACUUUAACAAAAAAAAAAACAAAAAACACAGCCUUAUCAUACAAGAUUACCUAGUGCAUCAUAUAUAGAUCACAAGUCAGUUCUUCACUUGAGCCUGAUUCCAGCCAGAAUCAUUUUACAAGGCAAAACUAAAGAUAUGGACUAGUGUUUCUAUACUUCAGGUCAGAGUCUGAUAAUAAUAUGC